AUGCGUGCUGUCUGCAAUAGCUAUGAGGAGUCUGAUGCUCCUCUUAUUUAUGGCUGCAGUGCUGUGGCUGAUUGCUGGAAAAUUGUUAGAGUUCCGGUGUUGAGUAUUGGCAGUGAUGAUAUUGUGGAUUGGGUUCAAAAGUGGCUGUUUGAGCUGGAAAUGGAGGAGAGAUCUCUUGUGGCUAUGGUCUGUUGGUAUCUGUGGUUAAACAAAAACAGUAUAGUUUGGAACAAAAAGUUGGGGUCGGCUCAGUCUAUUAUUGCAGCUGCUAGUCACCAGUGUACUGCUUGGAAGGUGGCAAAUGCAGCGAUGCUUCAGCUCAGGCAGGUGGAGAUCAGCAGAGAUGAUGCCCAGGUCUGGUGGAAGCCUCCUCCCAAGGAUUGGAUGAAGGUGAAAGUUGACGCGGCAGUUUUUGGCAGGAGUGAAGGGGUUGGUCUCGGAAUUGUAGUAAGGGCCGGAUUGGUUGGGAGUUAUUCUGCAAGCUCGCCACAUUAG